AUGACCUCUGGUGAGGAAAUCAAGGCGGCCUCUGGAAAGGUUUCCUUGGGGGUCUCUGGUAAGGCCGCCAAGGUGACCCCUGGCAAUGCCCCGGCGACCACUGCGAAGGUCACCAAAAAGAAGAAGAAGUCGUCCGGUACCCUGCUCAAAGCGCGCUACCUGAGGGCGAAAUUCAUUCUGGCAAAGAUUGCCAAGAAUGAACAAGCCGGUAAAGCGCACGAGCGGGACGCUGAGGACCGGGUGAAGUACGAGGCCGCGAUCAAGGAGUACGAGGCCGCGUCAGCAGCAAAAUUAACCCAGCCACAACAACAACCACAACAACAGCCAAAACCGGCACGGAGCUCGGCCAAACGUAUCCGCUCACAGGAUGUGAGUGAACGAGUGGCCAAAAGGAGCAAACACUCCUCAACCCAGGGGGCUGGGGGCCCUUCAACCAGUGCGGCAGGUGCGGCCUCGAGGGCGGCUUAUAGUGAGGUGGCCAGAGACCAUCUCCAAGUUGCCCUCGUGGACGCAAAAACCAAGAGUGGAAGAGCGGUGCUACCCCUUUGGGAUGCCAUUGAGGGACGGCUAUCAGGGAUGGUCGUCAGACACCUCAUGGAUAAAAAAGGGCCAGCACCUCUCUUCGACUCGGGUGAAAUCUGUCGGGGCUGUAGGGUGAUAAAAUGUGCCAAUCAAUACUCGAAGGAAUUUCUGGAGAAGAGCCUUGCUACGGUUAGCAACGCCUGGGAGGGGCUUUCGCUAAAGCUCAUCCCUGCCUCAGAAAUUCCCAGGCGACCACGAGCCAGAAUCUGGUUGCCGAAAAUGGAGCUGGACAGUUCGGAAAUUGUCCCGUGCCUCAAGCUUCAGAAUCCUGAGGUUCCUAUGGAUGACUGGUCUGUCAUCAAAGUAGAAGAACCUCAGCAGCACAGCUCAGCCAUAUUACUGCUGAUUAACAGCGAGUCGCUGGAGGCUCUCGAGAAACAGCAGUUCAAACUUCGCUUUGGCCUCAGGUUGGCUAAAGUGAAGGUCUUCCCCGCCUCUGUCGCCCUGGACGAUGACCUGGAGAAAUUGGGGGAUGACACCAAGAAGCUGCUCGACGAUCUGCGGCUGUCUGGGACGGACGCAGAUUCCGAACUGGGGGAGCAGUCAUAA